AUGCCUUCUCAACAAGUAUGGGAGACCACAGACGUGUUGAUAUGCGGUUGUGGCCCUACCGGAGCUAUGCUGUCGGCGUAUUUGGGGAAACUGGGUGUUCAAAAUGUUGUACUCGAGAAAGAGCCGACUAUAACCACAGAUCCGCGUGGGAUUGCUCUUGAUGAUGACGGAAUCCGGUUCAUGCAAGGGCUCGGACUUUACGAGCACAUCUUCACGAAGAUUGGGUCUUGCAUUUCCAAGGUUCGGUUCAUCAGUGAUGGGCAGCAGAACUUACACGCCAAACCUUUCCUUCAUUUUGAUACAGCUUCUAGCGAAGGAAAUACAGGCCAUGUCGGCGUUCUUGCUCACAAGCAGCCAGUUCUGGAGAAAUAUCUCCGAUCAGCCGUGGAACGGUCCGAUAAGGCCCAAUUGCGAACCAGUUGCACAUUGACCUCUAUCAAAGAAGAUGCGAACUGGGUAUAUGUGACCUACACAGAUGGAUCCGGCACCGAAAAAGGAAUCCGAGCCCGAUUCUUGGCUGCAGCAGAUGGAAAGACAGGUUUCACACGAAAGAAGUACCUAGAGUCAAAGGGUAUCAAAUUGGAGUGGGCCGGGAAGUCCAGAUACGAGGAGACUUGGGUGGCUCUCAACUGGAAAAUGCGUCUUCCGACAAAGGAGACACACCCCUCAUUUCCACUGUGGGAUCUUGGAUAUACACCGGAAGAUGUAUACGAUUUCUUUUUCCCCGCCGAUUUCCGAUUCCUCUGCAACCCGGAUCGUCCGGCUGUAUGUGGUCGGUUUGGACGCCCAGAAGACCGACUCUGGCGCUUUGAGUUUGUCAUUACGGCCGAUGAGAAUGGCACGGAAAUGGCUGCGUGGGAAAAAAUCAAAGAAGUCGUUUUCCCGUACCUGACGCAUGCUGGUAGUUGCUAUGGACUCAUUGAGGAUGUCCAGUUCCCGGAGGACUGUAUUGAGGUCUUGCGAUCGAGACCCUUUCGAUUCUCUGCGAGGAGUUGCAAUAAAUGGGCUCUUGGACGAGUGAUUCUGUGUGGCGAUGCAGCUCACGUAUUUCCACCGUUCGGAGGACAAGGAAUUACAUCUGGGUUCCGAGACGCCAUUGCACUGGCUUGGCGCCUCAGUAUUGCUUGCUCAUCUCCCCAAGUGGAUUAUGAAAGCCUGUUCACCGGUUGGUAUCUGGAACGAAAACAACAACUUGACAAAUCACUAGCCUCUACUAUCCGAAACGGUGACAUGGUGAACGGGAAAAAUCUCCAGCACACCCUCAUCCGCGAUUGGGGUAUGUGGUUCCUCCAGCUGUUCCCCAGCUGGAAACACUGGCUUGAACAGGGCCCGCGAUCUGACGGUCCGAUUCGGUACACGCAUUCAGCAGGAAUGCCGUUUAUGCCAGAGUAUGAUGGCGGGCUCUGCUUCCCACAGACAUAUUGCAUUGGACUGGCUCCAUAUGCAACUGUGCAGUUCACGGACGAUGUCAUUUUCUCGAGGGGGAAGAUAUUUCACCUCGUCGUGUUGCUGAAUGGUCUCGAUGAGAUGGACGCUGUGUCAGAAGAGCUUAACGAUACCUAUCGAACGGGAUUGCUGUCCGCGGAAGAUACUGUCUUCUUUGUUCCUCGUGCUCCAAACACCAGUUGUUCAACCUAUAAGCAGGAUGAUAGGUGGGGUCGGGUAUUUCGCACCGCCACGGGUGAUGAGUUCGCGCAAUCCUCACUCUGCACUGAUCGCCCAGUACCUCGAGGGUAUGAUGAGAACCUCAUGUGGAAGAGCGUUGGCGCUAAGCGGUAUGUGAUUGUGAGAAUGGAUCGUUUCAUUUUUGCGGCAUGCAAUACCAAGGCCGACUUGGCCAAAGCCACAUCCGGUCUUGCUCAGGUGCUUGGAAAACAAUGA